AUGGAAGAAGACCGGUUGGGGAUGAAGAUCAGCUCCGAAGUGGUGGAGAUUCUGAAGGAUGCAAAGGGGCUGUUGGGUGUUUCGAUAGGUGGUGGUCACCCGAAUUGUCCUUGCGUCUACGUCGUCCAGCUGUUCGAUGGCUCGCCAGCACAUGAGGAUGGGAGAAUACGUGCUGGUGAUGAGGUCGUUGCGGUGAACGGUGUCAACGUGAAGGGGGAUAAGAAAACGCACGUCGCUCAGUUGAUCCAGACAAGUGGAAACCCGGUGAAGAUGACCAUCAACCACCUCGACGCCGACACGACGAAGGGCAAAACGGCAGAUAUCGUCGUGAAGAAGAUUAAGCAUAAGAUGGUCGAAUUCAUGGAAGCCGAUACCGCCGACGCGCUAGGACUAUCAAGAGCCAUUUUAUGCAACGAUCCGCUCCUCAAAAAGAUGAGGGUACUCGAAGAAAACGCGGACUUCUACCGUACCCUCAUCGCCUACUUCAACGAACUGCUCGAGGCUCAGGAAGGCAUUAAUAAGUAUCAGAAAAUGUUCGGGGACGCGUUCUGCGAACUGGCCGCUCAUGAGAGCCAGGCAAAUGCGUCGCUGGCGUUUACGGUAUUUGGCGAGGCCCACCGCGCCCUCGACAAGCGGCAAGCCGACAUGGUCAAGGCCGUCCGGCCGCUGAUCAACGACUUGGUGACAUACGUCGACAAGGCCAUUCCCGACACUGAGCUCACCAUGAAAAAAUACCUUGACGUGAAAUAUGAGUACCUGUCGUACUGCCUGAAGUUGAAGGAGAUGGACGACGAGGAGGUGGAGUUCCACUCGUUACAGGAGAGCCUCUACAGGGUAGAGACCGGGAACUACGAGUAUCGAUUAAUGCUUCGUUGUCGUCAGGAAACACGUCAGCGCUUCGUCCGCAUGCGCAACGACGUCAUGGUCAAGAUCGAGCUCCUCGAUCAGAAACACGUCCGGGACAUCGCCCAACAGCUGACAAACCUUGUGGGUGUGCUACGGGACUGCCAGUCCGAUUGUUCCAAGGCGCUCCUAAAUACGCCUAUGGCGGUGCCAGUCGAGAUUGAUAUUAUUCAGAAAUCCCACAAAUUUGACCAACGAGCGAGCACAAGCAGCCAACCGGAAGAGGAAGCUGAAGUUGUUGCUCAACAAGCUGAAGAUCAGCCCGAUCUUCUGAACCUUUCUGACGCGUUUGAGCCGCUGCGACUUGAAGAAAACGGAAAUGCCGCUGGGGAGUUGAUAGCUCUAGAUUAUGAACCUCUUCCAAACCCCGUCCGCCCAACCCAAAAUGAUCCACCACCUCCACCAGUCGACGAUCAAACCGAAAAUUUAUUGCUUUUC